AUGGCUUUCUCAGUCUCAACACCGGGCGUACCACUGCAGUACCAUGUUGAACCGGGGAGAAAUCCCAACCCGGAUGUUUACCUUGCUCCUAACGUUGAGCAGCUCUAUCGGCUGCAUACUACGCAGAGUGGUGCUGCCGUUGUUACGUCCAUCACAUCAGGUCAAUUUGGUAUUCUGGCACCGACAGCUGUGCCGCCAAUUGAAGAGGCUUUUCAUGCGAGCCAACAAAGGCAGGGACAGAAGCAAGAGGUUCAAAGGUCAAACGGACAGCUGAGUAGUAAGAUCGUCGUUGAUCCCCCUGACCUUGAAUUAUGGCGGGAUAAUAACCGUAUUCGGUCAUACUAUCAAGCAGCGUCAUCUGACACCUUCAGGUUCGAAACAUAUUUCCCGCACAUAGACAAUGUCUACUCCCAUCGCUCAACCCAGCGGUACAAGCGCAAGCCCUUCAUCUCCCACUACUGGGAUUGUCGGAUGAAGGGUCGUCCCCCAGGAACACCAAAGUCUGACGAUCCCAACAAGAAGAAACGCAAACGCAGCGCCCGCCAGCGCGAUCUUUGCGAUGUCAAGAUCAAAAUUACCGAGUACUUCCCCGGAGCGCAGAUAGAACUUGACAAUAGCACUAGUGUUUGUGGUGAUUUGGUGGGACAGCGUCUGUGGACAAUACAGAGGGUCAAUGGAAAUGGAGGUAACGGGAAGGGCGAUGGUGUAGCUGGACCGCAUAAGCAUACGCUUGAGAGAAGUGACGAAAUCAAGAAGAACAGCGUGCAGAGACUUGUAGCGAAGCAGGGGAUUAUGAAGUAUGGCAGGGAAAACGCAAAGAAAUCUGCUCUCAAGGCCACGGGUACUGCACUCACCACAGCCAGGAAGCACGCCAAAGGAAACGAUUUCAAACUCUACGCGGCAGGUUUUUGUCCCUUUUCUCAACGCAUAUGGAUCGCUCUAGAGGCAAAAGGCAUGGCCUACCAAUACUGCGAGACAGAUCCUUUCCACAGCCCUGCACAAUUACUCCAAGCCAACCAUCGCGAUAGCUGUGUUCCUACUGUGAAACACGGCGACUGGGCAUGCUCUGAGAGUGCGGUGGUAUUGGAAUAUAUCGAGGAUCUGGGACAAGGAACCACCCUAUUUCCUACAGAUCCAAGAUCGAAAGCCGAUUGUCGCUUCUGGAUUGACCAUAUCAACAGACAUGUUGUCCCUAAUUUCUUCAGCUUUCUCCAAAACCGAGACCCGGCCUUUGGAUGUGAAGCUGCAUAUCGUUUACAAAAAAGUAUAGAAACGCUCGUUGAAGCUGCAGACGGACAUGUACGUCUGAAGUCCACUUCCCAAUGCCUACUAUCUAUUGACGUUAUCACCCCUGAGUAA